AUGGCGAUGGCAGUGGCGAUGGUGGUUUGUGGUGGCGGUGAUGGUGAUGAUGCUGUCAAUGGCUAUGGUGGUGGUGAUAGUGGGGUGAUGAUGGAGCUGAUAGUAGGGGAGGUAGUAGUGGUGGAGGUGGGGGUAAGGGUGGUGGUGAUGGUGGUUGGGGUGGUAGUGAGGGUGGCCGUGGGUGGCAGUGGAUGUGGCGAUGGUGGUGCUGGGGGUGGUGGCUGCGACGACAAUGACUAUGGUGGUGGUGAUAGCCAUGAUAAGAUGGUGGUAAUAGAAGUGAUGAAAUCAGAUCUUGAGAAUAAAAAUAAUAUAUCUAUCAUAAUUUGA